UAUAUAGAAACCUACCUAAGAUGUGAACUCAUGGCGUCUCUAGCUGUUUCUGUCUCUAGAACAACCUCUACGAGUAUAACCGAAGCAUAUCCUAGCACGCUAGAACCAUAUCUACUACCUCCCUCCCCCACUAUAUAUAUGUAAACCACUCUUCUUCCUAGAAAAAAAAUAACCCUCGAUCUUUCUUUCUUGUGCUUAUGUUGUUUUUGUUUGAUUUUCAUAUAUCAUGAGCAAUAUACCAAGAUCUCUUGCAGACUCUUCUUUCACCCUUUUCAAGCUUGCCAUUUCUGCAGCUGACCCUUGGCCUUUCUCCCUUGUACUCUUAUAACCUAAACUGUAUAAGAAUUUGCACCCAUCUUUAGGCUUUCAGGGUGAUCUUCUUUGUUGUUUCUUUGAUUUUUUGUGGUGUUUAAGCGUACAAUGGGGAGUGGAGAUAAAAAUCAUUUGAGUUUCCAUAUUCACUUGCCAAAUCACCAUCAUCACCACCACCAUCACCACCACCACCACCACCAUGAUCAUCAUGGCAAGAAGCAGUUGAAAGAUAUCCCAAAAGGGUGUCUAGCAGUCAUGGUAGGGCAAGGUGAGGAGCAACAGAGGUUUGUGAUUCCUGUGAUUUAUAUAAAUCACCCGCUGUUCAUGCAGUUAUUGAAAGAAGCUGAGGAAGAGUUUGGAUUUGAUCAAGAAGGCCCCAUCACUAUUCCCUGCCAUGUUGAGGAGUUUCGCAAUGUUCAAGGCAUGAUUGAAGAGGAAAAGUCCUCCCAAGAUCAUCAUCAUCAACAACACCACCACCACCACCACCACCACCAUCAUAUCUUGUGCUUUAGGGUUUGAUUUAAUUAUUUAUGGAGUUGUAUAAAAAUCAUUUGUGAUCUCUUUUCAUUUUCCUUUGUCUACCAGAUUUAUUAUUAUCCGCUUCAAUAUUAUUGUAUAUUUUGAUGAUCACGAAAAAUUUAAUGGAAAGAAGAUUGUGUUUGGUUCAAGAACAA